CAGUCCAGUUGUUUCCGCUCCGAGAGAGGUUACGAUUCCGUAUCCGUAUUUUUUUUUCAAGUUGUCGAGAAAUCGCUUGCACGUAGUCAAAAUUUCACGUGGCACAAAUUAAAAGUUACACGCCUCAGGUUGCAGUACACCGCACCACCGCCUCGAUCCGAAACAGAACCGAAAGCACACACCUCCACUUUAAUCCACUUGAACCCACUUUUAUCCACUGACCACGAUGGCCCACAACGGGGCGGGUGGCGGAGCCGCGGGAACGGGCAUCCCGCAAACCACGGUCAUGUAUUCCCAAUUGCAGCCAUGGAGCCAGGCGGGCGCCCCCUGCAUGGAGCCCGUCAUGGGACCCUCGAUCCCGCCGAGAGUGGGCGCCGCCUACGAGACGCCCACGAAGCACCCGUGGCGCCCGGCCAUGGCCUACGAGCUGAUCCAGGUGAAGCACCUGCCCGAGCAGCCGGUGACCAACCAGCUGACCAAGCAGUGCUUCCUGCCCAAGGGCAUGAAGACGGACGGGAUGAUCUUCCCCAACCUGGUCACCGGGUUCGACCGCAACCCCCAGCACGCCGCUCGGGCCGCCCUCUACACGCGGUACACCAGCAACGAGUGGUACAACAACAACAUGACCAAGUACUCCGAGUCCAACAUGAACCGCAACUUGUCUGAGCGCAUGCGCAACGACGCAGUGCGUCUGAUGCGGGAGACGGACGAGAAGGCGACCUCGGGCCAGCGGGACGCCGGGCGGCGGCUGGGCGAACGGAUCACCGACCUCACCUUCUGGCGCAACGAGCUGAACGCGGAGCUGGAGAAGCUGAUCGCCGAGAUGUCGGACAUCAACGAGCUGCAGCGGCAGUGCGGCAAGGCGCUCCUCGACCUGGAGAUCCCGCUGCACAUCGCCCAGGAGUGCCUCUUCCACCGCGAGUCCCGCCAGGGCACCGAGAAGGUGCACGACAUCGUCGAGAAGGCGCUCCUCGUCGAGAUCAACAACCUGCGCAACUCGCGCGACCGCCUCGGCGGUCUGCACGAGAAGAUCUCGAAGCAAGCGCUCGACUGCCGUGGCGCCCAGCACCUGCUGGAGGACGACGUCUCCCACAAGGAGUCCUCGCUGGGCAUCGACUCCAUGUGCCACCAGCUGAACAACCACAGUCGCGGCAUCACCUACUACGGCGGCAUCGAGAAGUUCGACCCCUCGGUGAGCACCCAGGAGUCCUGGGCGCAGGCCAGCAGCGAGCACGUCCGCCGGUCACAGGCGGAGCGCGCCAAGCUCUCCCAGCUGCGCAGCGACUCGCAGAGCGUGGUGAACUCGGUGGCCACCACCGUGUGGGACUUCUGGAGCAACACGAACAACGCCUUCGACCGGCGCGCCCAGGAGAUGGCCGAGGCCAAGAACCGCGUCCAGCUGCACCUGCAGAAGGUGCAGCAGGAGCUGUUCGACAUGGAGAAGCACCUCUUCCUGCUGCAGAAGGCCAUCCAGGACAAGUCCGGUCCGCUGAAGGUGGCCCAGACGCGGCUGGAGGCCCGCUCGCACCGCGAGGGCGUCGAGCUGUGCAAGGACCACGCCCAGGACCGGCUCGUCCAGGAGGUGCAGGACAUCCAGGGCGCCGUGGAGACGCUGCACCACAAGCUGCAGGAGGCGGAGGCCACGCACCAGGGUCUGCUCAAGACGCGCUGCACCCUGGAGGUGGACCUGCGCAACAAGGUCAACGCCCUGUUCAUCGACCGGGAGAAGUGCAUGAGCCUGAGGCGCUCCUUCCCGGUCAGCAACCUGAUCAAGUACUGAUCAGCUCCGACUGGACACUGGACCAGCCUCCGAGCUCCGAGCUCCAGACUCCGGAGGCUUGGGUUCCCUGCACCGUAGCACCGCUUACCUGCUUCUUGCCACAAUAAAUCUGCCUGUUUGUCCACUCUGAA